AUGGUUGAGAUAGUUCAGGCUAAGGCAACCGUUACUCUGUUCAAAGUCAGUGAGCUACGUGAUCAGAGGCCAGGAGACAAAUCCUUAAGCUCUUGCCCUGAAUUUUACAGUAGAAUUUCACAAGCUGAUAUCCCAAAAGCCAGUGAAGCUUUUAAUAAAGGUAACCCCAAGGUUGCAGAGCAAGGCAUGAAUGAGGCUGAUUCAUGCGAACAUGGUUUUUCAGGCAGUUCUCCUCUCACAGAUUACAACAAAUAUGUCCAUGGUGUUGCGGCUGUGGCUGCUGCAAUUGCCAGGACAUUGCUUUCAUAUAGUGUUAAUGCCAUUGGUAAUCAAUAA